GGUUUUAAGCCACCAGCAGCAGCAUCAGAUAUGUCAGGGACACCUACAAACUUGAGCACAAAUUCAUCAAUCCAACCAAGUCCACAAUCAUCAGCUUUUCCAAGCCCUGCACCUUCUUACCACGGAAGUCCAGUCUCAUCUUCAUUCCCUAGUCCAUCUCGCUACGACGGGAACCACUCCUCUUACCUACUCCUACCGUUUUUACACAACAUCGCUUCUUCUAUUCCUGCAAACCUCCCACCUCUUAGGAUAUCCAACAGUGCGCCUGUGACUCCUCCGUUGUCUUCUCCUACUUCUCGUGGUUCUAAGCGGAAACUCACUUCAGAACAAUUAUUACCAAAUGGCGGCGGGUCUUUACACGCUUUGAGGCAUCCGCUUUUCGCUAUCUCAGCUCCAUCUAGUCCUCUCGUCGUGCUGGUCACCAAACACCACCUACGAUACCUGAAUGUGAUGAGUCAGAGGAGGAUUCGAUCGAGGAUUCAGGGCGGUGGAUUAAUUUUCAAUCUACGGCUCCUACUUCACCAACGUUUAAUCUUGUUAAGCAAACAUCGAUGGUCAUUGAUAUGAAAAGAUCAGAUUGGGGAAUGAAUGGGAGAGGUGCAGAGUUUGAGUUCGAGAAUGGAACAGUUAAGCCUUGGGAAGGUGAAAUGAUUCAUGAAGUUGGCGUUGAAGAUCUUGAACUCACUCUCGGUGGCACUAAAACCCGAUGCUGAA